UUCCUGUGUUGUUCACCAACUUCCUUCCCUUCAACUUAGACGCAGGGUUCAAAGAUUUCGGCACAGAAUGAAAACUGACAUCAAUCUGAAAAUUCUGCUAUCAUGUCUUCAAACAAAAAGUGCGUUCAUUUAACAGGUAAGGACUCUGUCGCUCGUAAAAGAGAAGUCAGAUCUGCUAAAUGGAGUAAAGUUCUUCUGAUAGUUGUUGGUGUUUCUCUUGUUUUUGCUCUGGGUGUCAUCUGUGCUCUCAGUUUACUCUAUGCGGGUAAAUUCGGACUGUGUGACAAAGUUAAAGACUGUCUGUACUCUUGUACUGAUUUCAGUGCUUCAUCUUGUAAGCUUUGUGAAGAGGGCUGGACACCACACGGUGGAAAGUGUUAUUUCUUCUCUUCUGUAAAUAAGACAUGGUUUGAGGCUCGUGAUUUAUGUGCUGCAUCAAAAGCUCAUCUGGUCACCAUCAACAGCAAAGCUGUACAGGUCUUCCUGGUGUCUAAAAUUAAAGAGACUCACUGGAUUGGUCUUAAUGAUCAGAAGACUGAAGGUCGAUGGGUUUGGGUGAAUGAUCAAACUCUUGAAGAGGCCGGAGUAAAGUUCUGGUUCAGUAACCAGCCGGAUAACUGGACUGGAGAUAAUCCAUCUGGAGAGGACUGUGCCUGUCUGGGAUUUAAUCGUGAAUUUUUAAACUCUUGGUUUGAUGCAUCUUGCGAAUACAAGAAAAAGUUCAUCUGUGAAAAAAAAUUCAUUGCACUUUAGUGAUGACUGUAAUGACAGUCUCCAUCUUAUAUUGAGGAUCUUUACACGUCUUUCUGUAUUGUGCAUUUAAAUCUUAUUAAAUAAAAGACGUUGUGUUAUAUACCAAGGUCAAGUGUGGUUUUGCAUUUACAUUAUACAGUAUGAAAGACACUGUAAUCUGUUAAUCAUUUAUAAUAACAAUUUGACAAAAUAAAAAACUCAUAUUACUACAGUCAGUGACAUAUAUUGUUUGUUUUGUCUAGCACAACCAAACUUCAUAUACUGUAUGUGAUCCAGACUUAUUAGACUACACUGAUCUUAUCUUACAAUACAAAGACCAAAGAAGCAGAACUGUGGAGGAAGCUUUAUGUGUUUAAUUUGGCUUGUCCUUUAUUCACCUGAAUGUCAGAGAUCGAUCAUAAACAUCUCAAAUUAAAAAGAGUAUUCUGCAGAAUAUUUUGCUCAGUUUAAAGAUUAAAUUAGAUUUGAUUGAUCAAUGAAUAAUCUUCAACUUCUAGCCACACGUGUGUG